UUGUGUGAAUGUUAUGAUAUAGUGACAAUAUAGUUUUGUAGUUAAAUAAGUGUGAGCAUCCUGUGUGGAUAUGUUUAGUGUCACUUGUGGUAAAGAGGAGAUUGCAGCGGAUGUUUGGAGUUUGUGUCAGAGGAGCAGAAAAUGAAGGCUGCCGCCGGCGGCGCUGCAGAUCCUCCAUCAUCGUCAACAUCAUCAGGAGACAAUAGCGCAGGGAGGAGGAGGAGGAGGCAGCACCGGGCUCCCUCGCCGGCUACAGCCCAGGAAGGGCCAACCAAGCGAGCUCCGAGACGCAGAGACAGGCCCAGAUCCCCUGCGCCCGCAGGAAGGAGCAGAAACACCGGGGUGAAGGAGAGUUUAAGAUCCGCAGACGGAAGGGAGAGGGAGCCCGAGAGCCGCGGCGGGGCAGCUGUUCACCCGGAUGGUGCUGAAGCUGAUGUAGUCAGACCAAACAGGGCGGAUGCUGUCGGGGAAGAUCCGACAGAUUCAUCAUCAGCAUCAGCCCGUCGCUCCGCUUUGCGCCUGCCCUGCCUCAAAGGCGACUCCUCCCUGCGUCUGUUGCCCGGCAGAGCGUCGCUAGAGAAGGGGAAGAAGCCCGGAGAGGAGGCGGCCGGCCGCAGGGAGAGGAGCGGCGCGUCUGUGGGCUGCGGCGCGGGCCUCGGUUUGGGUUUGUGGAGAGGAGGAUGCUUACAGGCUGAACUCAUCCAGUUCCACCUGCACAAGAGACUGAGGAGGAGCGGGACGAGGAUGCAAAACACGGCGGAUAACAUGGAGACGCAGGAGGCCGCGCUGGGAGAGCCGGAGCCGGCUGCAGAGGCGACAGAGGCGGGGUCCGUGACACAGCACGACCAGGCCUAUGAAGACGAGAUGGAGAGGCUGCUGGAGGAAAAUGAAGAUCUUAAGUGUGAAAUCGAGGAGAUGAGGACCGAGAUGGACGAGAUGAGGGACACAUUCUACGAAGAAGACACGUGUCAGCUGCAGGAGAUGAGGCGUGAGCUGGAGAGGGCCAAUAAAAACUGCCGGAUCCUGCAGUACCGUCUGAGGAAGGCCGAGAGGAAGAGGCUGCGCUACGCCCAAACGGGAGAGAUCGAUGAGGAGCUGCUCAGGAGUCUGGAGCAGGACCUGAAGGUAGCGAAGGAUGUGUCUGUGAGGCUGCACCACGAGCUGGAAAAGGUGGAGGAGAAGCGCACAAAGACAGAGGAGGAGAACGAAAAACUGAGACAGAAACUCAUAGAGGUGGAAGUGACCAAACAAGCCCUGCAGAAUGAAUUAGACAAAACCAAAGAGUCUCAGAAGAGAAGAGGAAGCAAGGACAUCCAGAAGACUGGGAAAUCAGCACAGACUCCUACAGAGGAGGACAAUGAGGACCUGAAGUGCCAGCUAGCUUUCAUCAAAGAGGAAGCGGUGCUUAUGAGAAAGAAGACAGCCAAGAUCGACAAAGAGAAGGACCGUCUGGAGCAAGAGCUGCAGAAGUACCGCUCCUUCUAUGGGGAGCUGGACAGCACCCAUCCUAAAGGAGAGGCUGGGGGUCCGCCCACCACCCGUGAGUCAGAGCUGAAGCUGCGGCUCCGCCUGGUGGAAGAAGAGGCCAACAUCCUGGGGAGGAAGAUAGUGGAAUUGGAGGUUGAGAACCGUGGCCUCAGGGCCGAGCUCGACGACCUCCGUGGUGAAGGAGAAGGCGCUGGGAGCUCUGGGUGUGGAGCGAUGGGUGGGCCAGGUGCAGGGCGAGGCCUUGGUGAUGAUCUGACGGAGCUCCGACAGCAGCUGCAGCUGGUGGAGGACGAGGCAGAGCUGCUGAGGAGGAACCUGGCUGACGCUGAAGAUCAAAACAAGAGAGUGACCGCCGAGCUGAACAAGUUACGGUUCAAAGCCGGCACCCACGAGGGAGGCGCCAGGCAUGGGGGAGGAGCGGGAGGAGCGGCAGGAGGUGGAGGGAUUGAUGGAGCAAAGGCAGAAGUCCUGCAGGAGGAGUUAAAGGCAGCAAGGCUACAGAUCAAUGACCUGAGUGGCAAGGUGAUGCAGCUGCAGUACGAAAACCGCGUGCUCCUCUCCAACAUGCAGCGCUAUGACCUGGCCUCCCACCUCUCCCUGCGGCCCAGCCCACGGGACAGUGACGCAGAGAGUGACGCCGGCGGUGCGACAAGUGGUCGCCGUGAGAGUGAUGAGGACUCCACCUCCUCACGCCUCGUCCCACCACACCGCAAACGCGAGGGCCCUGUAGGCGGGGAAAGUGACUCCGAUGAGGUCAGAAACAAUAACGGAAGCAGCCGUUGCCUGACGCCCACACGGGGUCUCUACACCCCCACGGGGCCCGAGGGUGCCGCCUCCUCCGCCUUGGCCCGCUUCCUGCCUGGUGGCCGGUGCAGCCUGCGUGAACGGCAGCAAAUGACUGACAUCCGUUUGGAGGCGGAGAGGCUUGUUCGGACCAUCGACCGCCUCAUCGCUGACACGGCCACCAUCAUCUCAGAGGCGAGGGUCUAUGUUUCAAACGGCGACCUGAUGUUCGGGAGAGGAGGAGAGGAGGGCGGAGAGGAUGAUGGGAGCAGGAUCAGGGAACAUGAGCUGCUGUAUCGCAUCAACGCUCAGAUGAAGGCCUUCCGGAAAGAACUGCAGACCUUCAUAGACAGACUGGACGUGCCGAGGCCUGAGGACAGGGAGGCGGAGGAGCCGCUGUCGAUGUUCCAGCCUAUCAUUUUGCUCAUCCUCAUACUUGUGUUAUUCUCCUCCCUCUCUUACGCCACCAUCUUUAAACUAGUCUUUCUUUUUACUCUCUUCUUUGUUCUGUGAUGUACGCCUCCCUUAAUUCACAUCAUCCCUUGUUUGUUUUUGGUCUGUUGUUUUUCUUUCCUCCCCGCGUCAUUUGUUGCCAAGGUAACCAAAAAAGCACAGGAAAAGCUCAGCACUUGCCAAGGCUGCAGUCACAUUCAAGAGAGUGUGACUAGAUUCAACACUGGAGUCGACAUUAUCCACAACACAUCACCGACCACGUCAGGUCCUC